UGUGAUUAUUUAGUACCCAGAUAUGGGAAGCGUACGUUAUGAAUGUCCGCUUCCCAUAUACUAAUAAAAAUUUAUAUUGCAUAAAUAAUGACUUUUAUUGUUAAUUUUUCUUAGUAGGCUCCCAUUCCCCCCCGCUCCCCUACAGAUUAAUUUUAACAAGACCUCUCGUCCUCGUAUCAACUUAAAACAAUUUGUACCACCCUGUCGAUGCCUUAUUUUUCCAACGAACCCAAUUUAACACGAACCAUUACCCAAAUUGAAUUUUUUCAGUUAAUUUGAUGAACCGCAAGCCUUGUUUAGUAAAUUGAUACUGCAUUAUCAUGUAGACAUGCCUUAGCUGCGAUGCGCCGCGUUUUAGCUGGCGUGCUCAGUCUCGUACCUCGCACCGAGUUCUCUGCACUCUACACGUCUACCUACAAGUACAAUUCAUGCUAUGAGCAUGACAUGACCUGAAGAUUUUUUUCAACAUAUUAUCUGUAUCCCCAAAGAGACCCAACGAAGUACGACAGAACUUCGCUAACUAAGCAAUCGAGCAAACAAAAUUUUAUUUCGUCGUUACCAUCCCCGGGUUCAUGCAAAUUAUGUAUACGUACCAAGCGCAUAUCAUCGAAUAUAAUAGGAUUUCGUGACCCUCGCUGCCUGAAAUACCGACCCCUCUCACGCUACACUGAAACAGCAAGUGCUUUCAGUAGUCUCUCGCACGGCACGUUUAACUGUCUUCAGAAAUAAAAUUGAAGUAAAAAUUAUAAUCGCCAUGGAAUUCCGUAAGUUAUUGAACUUAUUACGACAGGUAUCUACGUUAGGGUUAAACUGUCCUAUCAUUCCUGAUGCGCAUAUUAAUGGUAUAAAGAUUUUCCAGAUGGAAGCAGACGUCGGGAAUGAUGUUAUAACAGCACUGAGGAGUGAUCUAGCAGGGCUUCAAUACAAGAGAGAUAAGUUAAUAUCGGAGAACAGCGAUUUGAAAAACCAAAUGCUUUCCCGAGACCAAAGAAUACUCGAGCAGCAGGUAGAAAUCGACCAUCUUCGCGAACAAAAUGCUCGCCAAAAUGCCAUUAUAUCGUCACUCAAAAAGAAAAUACAAGACCUUGAAGAAAUGCAGCGUAAUCUGCAGGCUUCACAGGGCAGGAGCGAUCUCACCAUGCAAACUCUGCAAAGAGACAAUCGCUACUACGAAGAAAAAGUCAAAGAUCUGGAGAAGAAACUUCGUUCUUUAGAACUAGAAUGUCACAAUGAAGAACAACAAAAGGAAAAUGCGCGAUGCCAAUUCCACGAUUUAGUGCGACGUCUCUCUGUCGCACUCGAUGCUGAAUUCUGCGACACUACACACACUCAUUCUCCUGAAACACUCAUUAUAAAAGCUUCUGAACUUGUACAGGAAAUAACUAGACUUAAGAAUAGAUGUAUGAAUACAACAGAAAACUUGUCUACAAUUGAACAAGAUUUGAGAAGCUGUAGAGACGCUCUUGAAAGAUCCAAUACCGAUAAAGACAUUUUACAAAGACAGCUUUCUACACAACUCUUGGAUAUCGAGAGAUUGAAGCAAGAAAAAGAGUCACUAGGUGUGCAGAACAGGGUUCUGGAACGUGAGUUGCAUGAAGCUAGAGAGAAAUUAUCACUUUGUAAUAAGAAUUUGACUGUCGUGACGGAUAACGUUAAUCAAAAUGAAUCCCUGAUAGUGCAACUCAAAGAGGAUCUGCGCCACCGCGACGAAAAGUAUCAAAGACUUCAGACUGAGUUUAGAAAUACAAUGGAGUCGAUAGCGAUCCUACUCAGUUUACCAUCGCGAUUUGUUGAAGCACACGAGAGUACGAUUAAAGAUAGGAUACGGGAAAUUUUAAGUGACAACAAGGACAAAUCUGCGCAAAUUGAAGGGCUGCGUGACAAGUUAAGCAUGGAAGCCCAGCAGCUGUCUCGCGCGGCCCACUUACAUGACCAAGCUACUACUCGCGUCAGGAUACUUGAAGACGAAAGAAACAUUCUCGAGGCUAAGGUCCACAAGCUGGAGGCAGAGCUCAAUAGUGCUGAAAUUACCCGUGAUUCGCUGCGAAAGGAUAAGGCAAACUUUGUGGCAUUCCUUGAGCGAUUGAGCAGAACGCUAAAUAUGGAUGAGCUGACCCAUGACAUCGGUAUUGAGCUGCACACAGACUCGAUAAUCCAUCGCGCAGAACAAUUGGCUCGACUCGAGAGCGAUAAAAUCGUUGACAAGACAGCGGUUGUAUAUCAGCUACAGCGACGUAUUAGGAUUCUUCGGGAACAACUGCAGAGGAAAGAUUUGCAUCUUGAUCUUUUGCGACGCAAAUUGAGUAUUCAAGAGGAGAGUUCCCGCGUACGUGCUGUACUGCAAGCUGAGCGCGACGAAGCGGUCGCGCGCAGCAAGAAGCUAGCACGACAAUGCGACAAACUUGCCGCGCAGCUUAGCGACGCGCGGGCGCAGAUACGCGAGCUCAAUGCUCAACUCGCUGACGCAGCGGAUUAUAAGAUAACGUCAUUAGAACGAGCACGUAAAGUAGAAGAACUUCAAAAGAAAUUAGACGAGGCAGAAUUAUUACGAUCGCGGUACAAUCGCAAAGUACAGCUAUUGAAGGAUCAAGUACGGGCGACCGGAGAGACGUUUGAGCAAGAACGAAACAGCAGUGAGCAUCAAAUCGUAAUGCUACGUGACGAUCUUGCCAGGACGAAGGAGACUUUGGCGGAGUUUCAGAGAAGGGAGGCACAACUUACAAGUUUUAGAAACUCGAUAGCAAAACUGUUGGGCAUCCUAGUGCCUGCGUCGGUCUCUGACUUCGAGAUGGUAUCACGACUGCAGAAGUUAAUCGACGCACAUCACGAUUUCACGACGGUCUCCCGCCGAUAUGAUGAUCCUGCCCUCCUCCGGGCAUCUUCCAGAUCGCCACCGCCUUCGAGAUGCAGAACUAGAACUCCUGAUCGCUCUCUUCGUUAUGACGACUCCGGGUACGCAGACCCCGCGUUCGACUUGGAGGACGAUUUGUACAAGCCCCGGACUGGCAUGUGACAGUCUCGACGCCGCGCCCGCUUCUAGACCAACAAUAAACUCUUGCCUAUAAGCACUCAUCUCGUCCUAUUACUGCAGAAUUCGUUCUGUGACGAGAGUUCUAAAACAAAUACGCCAAAAACUUCCUCCACAAUAAAUAGUUGUAUUUAUUAUAUUAUUUUGAAUCUGCAUUCGUACUCUGAUGUAUAUAGUAAUUGAUCGACUCAACGUUCGAAACUACUAAAAAUAAUUGAAUAUUAAAAACUCAACUUUAU